AUUCGGGAGCCAGUGACAGUGGGACUACGUGUGUGUGACUGAAAGGAGCUUCGGAUCCACUUCCUUUCACCGGUGUCUCUGUCUCCACAGCGGCCGUGGCGGUGGAGGUAGCGGCGGUGGAAUAGUUUACUUUUCGAUUCUAAAAAAGUGUCAUGGCGUAUAGGAGAAGGCAAGGAUUUGCCAAGGAUUUAACGUUGAGAGAAGAAAUUGCAAUACGUAACCCUAAUUCAAAUAGGCCUAACGAUCCUUCAUCUCCGGCGGAAGACGGUUCAAUAUCGUCUUCCAAUCCUGCGGCAGCUACACAGUCACUCGCUGCCCAAGCGAUCAGAGCAUCCUCUGCUCACCGCGACUCUUCUCUCUCUUCGGCUUACGGUCAAUCCGCUAUUUCACCCAGACAAGCAAAGUCCAAUCCUGCUCGAUCUUCUUAUAAAUCUUCUGUCAAGGAUGAUUCAACCAGGUAUGAUUAUGCAUCGAUGAAGAACUUGGAUGAACCUAAACGGGGAUUUUGGGGCGCUCUUGCUAGAAAAGCCAGGGCCAUCAUUGAGGAUGAUGAUGUGGCCCAACAGUAUGAAACACCUGAAAGGAGGAGACAACAGAUGUCUGAUACAGAAGCAAAGGGCCAGUAUUCUAGUCCAUAUCAGUUGCCAGAAAAUCGUCAAAAGGCAGAUAAUCCUGCACUGCAGAAGGGGAUAGAUGCAAUUGCGUCAUCUCUCAAUUACAUUGGUGGCACCAUUGGUAAUGCUCUUGAGGAGGGCAUGACAGUUGUGGAGAAUCGAACUGCAGACAUCAUUCAGGAAACACGCAAACUUCAUAUUAAGAAAAAGUCUGAGAAAAAUCCAGCUUCAAAUGUUGGGAGUACAAGGGAAUCAUUACAAAUGCAUACCCAUAAUACUCAACCCCAGAAGCAGACUGAUACAGAAAUUCAACUGAAGGCCUCUCGCGACGUUUCAAUGGCGAUGGCAGCCAAAGCAAAGGUUCUACUUCGGGAGCUGAAGACGGUUAAGGCUGAUCUUGCUUUUGCAAAGGAGCGUUGUGCUCAGUUAGAAGAAGAAAAUAGAGUCCUCAGGGAGACUGGUCGAGAUGGGGACCGCCCUGAAGAUGAUGAUUUGAUUCGACUCCAACUGGAAUCGCUUUUAGCAGAGAAAGCCCGGUUGGCACAGGAGAACUCAGUUUAUGCUCGGGAGAACCGAUUUCUCAGGGAGAUAGUGGAAUACCACCAACUUACAAUGCAGGAUGUCGUUUACAUAGACGAGAGCAAAGAAGAGGUAUCGGAAGUAUACCCCGUGAAGAGUUUCACAACAAACAGUAAUAUUGUAACACCAACGAACACGAACCCACAUGUAAUUGGAGAUAUCUCAUCUCCACCUGUUACACCCACAAGUCCGUUUCUCGACCAACACAAGAUGUGAAUUGUUGUUCUUUUUUGCCUCGAUACAUUAUUCUGUUCUUGUAAACAUUAUUUUGUGGAGCAUAUUUUUAUAUGUGGUAAAUGUAAUUUUUUAAAUUGUGUAUUUCUGAUGGUAUGUGUUAUAUUUUGAUUGCCUCAUA